AUGGCGCCCAGGUACCGUGGGGGCCGACCGACCCUUAGCCAAGGUCUGGACCGGGAGGUCUACCAGGUGGUGCGCAAAAUCAUCGACGACGAGCCCGAGGGCGUGGAUAAAGUCCGAUUGACGGUUCCCGUGAUCUAUGCGCGGAUUCGAGGAUCCAACUCUAGUUUGAACCGCAAGCCCAAGCGAUUACUGGAAGAUAGUCUCGAGCGGGUCUUGGAAGUGGUCAAAACCGAUUUAUUCGGAGACGAGGAGGAGGAGUCGGUGGAAGGAGAUUUCGAUGGCCUUGAGGAACCUCCAGUCGUGGAACCCAACGGUGUGAAUCAGAGCAUCGUUGGCGCAUGGGGCACAACAACAACCUCAAAGCCGGCAUCUACACCAAAGACCGAAUCCACAGCCACCUCUAAACCUUCCAAGCGACGACAACAUGGUAGCGAAUCUGCGUCCAAGCGACGCAAGGCCGAUGCUGCGGUGGACCGAUCGCCCCCUACACACGUCAGUCUCGCGGACCUGGGUGGCCUAGACGAGGUCAUUCAAGAAUUGGGCGACUUGGUCAUUCUGCCAAUGACCCGGCCGCAAGUAUACCUUUCAUCGAAUGUGCAACCUCCGCGAGGUGUUCUGCUGCAUGGACCGCCUGGUUGCGGUAAGACCAUGAUUGCGAAUGCGUUUGCCGCAGAAUUGGGAGUACCUUUCAUUGCUAUUUCUGCGCCUUCGAUUGUCUCGGGCAUGUCGGGUGAAUCCGAAAAGGCGCUACGCGAGCACUUUGAUGAGGCCAAACGUCUUGCACCGUGCCUGAUCUUUAUCGAUGAAAUCGAUGCCAUUACCCCCAAGCGUGAGAGCGCGCAGAGAGAGAUGGAGAAGCGAAUUGUCGCGCAGCUCCUGACCUGUAUGGAUGAGAUUGCUCUUGAGAAGACCGACGGCAAGCCGGUUAUUGUUCUGGCGGCGACAAAUCGGCCGGAUAGCUUGGAUGCCGCUUUGCGUCGAGGUGGGCGGUUUGACAAGGAAAUCAACAUGACGGUGCCUUCUGAGCCUGUUCGGGAACAGAUUCUGCGGGCUUUGACUCGCAAGUUGCGAUUGGCAGACGAUCUGGACUUCAAGACGCUUGCCAAGCGGACUCCGGGUUUUGUCGGUGCUGAUUUGAACGAUCUUGUUUCCACAGCCGGCGCGGCUGCUAUCAAGCGGUACCUCGACAUUCUCAAAUCCAACAGUGGCGACGACAUGGAGAUGGAGAUUGAAACGGAGGAAGGGGAUGAUAUUCUCAGUCCUAAGGUCCGGGAACUGCGACGUCUCAUCUCACAUGCAAAAGAAAACCCUAUCGGAGAUGAAACGGAGACCGUGUUUGUCUCCAAUGCCGACUUUUUCACCGCGCUUCCCAAGAUCCAGCCCUCAUCGAAGCGCGAAGGCUUCGCAACCAUCCCCGAUACAACAUGGGCAGACAUUGGUGCGCUGGGCGGAAUCCGCGAGGAACUGACCACUGCCAUUGUGGAACCCAUCAAGAACCCAGAUGUCUACGCCAAGGUCGGCAUCACCGCGCCCACUGGCGUGCUCCUCUGGGGACCCCCCGGUUGCGGUAAGACACUUCUGGCCAAGGCCGUCGCCAACGAGUCCCGCGCCAACUUCAUCAGCGUCAAGGGUCCCGAACUCCUCAACAAGUUCGUCGGAGAAUCAGAACGUGCCGUUCGUCAAGUCUUCGUCCGCGCCCGCUCCUCCAUCCCCUGUGUCAUUUUCUUCGACGAGCUGGACGCUCUCGUUCCUCGCCGUGACGACACCCUCUCCGAGGCCUCGGCCCGCGUCGUCAAUACUCUUCUCACCGAGCUCGACGGUCUCGGCAGCAGUCGUCAGGGUAUCUACGUGAUCGCCGCCACCAACCGGCCCGAUAUCAUCGAUCCGGCCAUGCUUCGCCCCGGUCGUCUGGAAACACUCCUAUUUGUCAAUCUGCCCUCACCACUGGAACGCGUGGAGAUCCUCCAGACCCUCGUGCGCAAACUGCCCAUCGAGUUCAGCGAGGAUAUGCGCCGGCUCGCAGAGGAGUGCGAGGGUUACAGCGGUGCGGAUCUAGGCAGCUUACUUCGUCGGGCGGGUUACUCGGCGAUCAAGCGUCGUGAUACCAUCCAAUUGGAAGACUUUGUCACUGCCAAGGCAUUUAUUCGUCCCAGUGUGACGGAUAUGAAAAAAUAUGAGCGAUUACGGCGAGACUGGGGCAGCGGUGCCGUUUGA